UAUUAUACCUACCAGAUACCUCUGUGGUUACUGAUUAACAAUGUGCUGGUUUUGCAUGUUUUUAUAAUCAAUGUUCUUAAAAAUAGAUGAUAUAUAGUAUAUACAGAUAUAAGAAAAAAAUAUUAAAAUGUGGCGUCGAUAUUUGAUGUGGUUUGCUCAUGAGCACAUCGACUUUAGAUUUCAGGAAAUACAAAGUAUUAUAAAACUGUUCGACAUACCCAUAAGGUAUGUGGAGAAACCGUGCACAAAUAAACCAUAUUGGAUUGUUGAGGUACCCUCUGAAGAGCAUGUUAAGCUUAUCGCUUCCAGGUCAGUUUUACUUAAAAACUGCAUUGAAUUAUGGUCCAGGGCGAAAACAGGAGCGAGAUUACAUUCCAAUUUGAAACAGGCAUUAAUGAAUAAAAGUGGAAAAUGGAUUGUUGGCGAAAGAUCGGACAAAGAUUCCAGUGAAUUAGAUAUUUGUCCUGGCGAACUGAUCAGCUCUUGCUGUAGCAGUGACAUAUCUUAUAAAGUGCAUGUAGAAACAUUUUGUAACCAUUUUUCUAUGAAAGAAAAAGUUGAUAAGAUUGAGAAAUUUUGCUACCUACCAUUAAAUGGUUCUGUAAAUCUGAAGAAACCAGACAUAACCCUAGCAUAUAUUGAAUUUUAUGGAAUAGAUUGCAACAACGUACCUGAAGAACCAUAUGACCUCUUUUUUGGUAAAUGGGUAGCAGAUGGCCAAAGAGACCUUAUACAAGCACAUUCAUUGAAAAAACGUAAAUUCAUUGGAAAUACAAGUAUGGACGCACAACUGUCUCUGAUUAUGGCCAACCAAGCACAAGUGAGCAAUGGUCACAUAAUACUUGAUCCUUUUGUUGGUUCCGGGUCUCUGUUCAUUGCAGCCGCUCAUUUUGGUGCUUAUGUAUGGGGCUCUGAUAUAGAUUACAUGAUGCUACAUGCAAGAACUAGGCCUACUCGCUGUGGACAAAAGGUGCGGACUAAGGAAGAGAACAUAAGGAGUAACAUGAAACACUAUGGUAGUGAGUCUAAAUAUCUGGAUGUCAUUGUUAGUGAUUUUUCUCUUCCAAUGUGGAGAAGUGACCUAAAAUUCGAUGCUAUUGUUACAGACCCACCCUAUGGAGUCCGAGAACCGACAGAGAAGAUUGGCAUAGAGCGAGACAACUAUAGUCUGUCUGAGGAACAUCUAGAACACCAUGUGCCAUCUAAAGUAGAGUAUGGUCUUCCUCAGUUGUACAGUGACUUGCUAAAUUUUGCAGCGAGACAUUUAGAGUUACAUAGACGACUAAUUUGCUGGUAUCCCGUUGUAAGAUCAGACUAUAGCGAUGAGGAGCUACCCUCACAUCCAUGUCUUGAACUGGUUGCUAAUUCUGAGCAAGUGUUGUCCAAGCUGACAGCCCGACGUUUGCUAACUUAUGAGAAAAUAAAAGACUAUACAAGUGAUGUCCAUAUUGACAAGAGUAUGGUGAUGCCAAAUUUUCGUUUCUAUUUUCAGGGAGAAAUAUUUUGCAAUGGGGGAAAUAUCGCGUCGAGAGAAAAAAGAAAGGAGAGCUGAAGAAAUUGCACAGACUCUUCGUAUGAAAAGUCAGAAAAAUCUAUUGAAAAGAGAAUAAAUUAUUUGAAUCAC